GGCGCUAUUAAAUUAUUAACAGCCUAGACUUUACGGUUGUGAUGUAAAAGCGAGUUUAUCACGUUCCUGCACUUUUCCGGAUUACUGUACCUUGGUCUGACCUCUGUCUGUCUUUUAAUAUUCUACAUCCUUGAUAUAUAUUUCAUAAUAUGGAUUUCUCCAUUCGUGCUUCUACACUAGAAGACUGCAAAGAUAUCGCGCGGAUGAUCUUGGAACUGGCUGAAUACGAGAAGGUAUUGGACCAAGUGAAAGUUACACAGAAAGAUUUGGAGCAGGAUGGGUUCAUUAAAAACCCAUUCUUUCAUGGUAUCGUUGCAGAAGUACCCGAACAACACAGGACCAAAGAGGGCCAUGCCAAGGUGGGCUACGCACUUUACUUCUAUACCUACAGCUCGUGGAAAGGACGGGCCCUCUACAUGGAGGACCUGUAUGUGAUGCCUGAGUUCAGAGGUAAAGGUAUCGGGAAGGCACUGAUGAGCAAAGUAGCUCAGUUGGGCCUGGCCGCCGGCUGCACCCAGCUCAACUUCGCCGUGCUGGACUGGAACAAACCGUCUCUGGAUUUCUACCUCAGCCAGGGAUGUUUUGAUGUGACGGCAGACAUGGGGUACCACUGCAUGCGCUGUGAGGGGGCAGCGCUGGAACAACUGGCCCAGGGGGACACUUAAACACCACCCGCCCCCCACUGAGUUGACGUCUGACCAUUGCAAUACUGAGGUCAACCUAGAACAUAUGCAGGGAUAAAGAACUAACUCAAAGCCCCUGUUACAAUACUUAAAAAAUGCACCUUUCCUUUCCUUCUUCUUUUCCUUUCCUGUAGUAAAGUAGUCACUGAUUUAAUAUGAUUGAAUAGGUGAACAUUAGGGAAUUAUUUGCAUAGCUCUCAUUAAUCUACUAAUAUCAGAUCAGUGAUUACCUUUAACGAAACGAGGAAGACAGGAUGUAUUUUCAAAGUGUUGGAACGAUGCCAAUGCAAUGCAAAAAGGUUGUAGCUGAACUAACAGUUCACCAACUAUCUUAUAGUUGUUGACAUUAGUUGUGUGAACAGUAAUGUGGUGUUUACCUGUGACCCCAUAGCACCUUUCCCUGCUUUCUAAGCUAAGGUAAGAGACACCCAUUGAUAGUAUGUGAGAAAUCUGGUGAAACGGGAACCUAUAUAAUACUAUAAAAUCACAUGAGAGCUUGGGACUAUAAGGUUCUACAGUAUGUGCAUUUUUGUCAACAUUUUGUCAUAUAAAUAACCAUGUUCUUUCUGUUCAAAGUACUCUUAAUUCCCCAAUUCCUGUUGUUAAGUUCAAAUGAAAUACAAGAUAAAAAUGUCUGACACCAUUCAAACCAGUGGGUUUUGAAAUUUAAAGCCAAUUAUCUCAGAAUCAUCUUUUUUUUCAGAUAUAACCUUAUAGUCCCAAGCUCUCCACCUGUCAAUUGAUGAUUAUAACUACUGUAUAAUUGUUGUUGUGAUGAAGCACAAUGUGAUUUUUUUCAACUGAUUCCUGUUUCACCUUCAACAGGAUUGAAUGCCUGUUUAGGUUACUUGAUUAGCUUCUGCAAGCUCAGACUGUUGCUUUAAGCAAAUAUGACAAACCAAGGCUUGUAAUUUGCGAUAGUGAUUCAAGAACAUUUUUUAAAAAUAGAUUUCUUUAAUGAAAAUAUGUUUGAUCUGAAUUUUUUUUUUUAAAUCUCAAGAUUAUUAGAUGGUGGGCAAUAACAUGAAGAAAAAGGCAAUUAAAUGUGGCAUUAGCUUAUAGUUCUAUUCGUGGCAUUUUCCAUCAACAAUACGUUACAAUAUGUUAUUCACCAUCAACCUAUAAACUAAGCAAAAACAAUCAAGCAAAGCAAUUACAUGAAAUACGCUGAUUAAGCUACAGUAGAUCAAAGACCAAUCUUACCAGCAAUUAAAUUAACGUACCAUAUAAGAUAAUACUCUGGAUAUGUAUUGCAAACAGUCUCUUUAUGUCUAUUGUAAAUCACAACUUCGAGAGCUGUCAAGUGUAGAGCAACAAUGAUGAUGUUGUGGACUGGGCAGAUACAGGGUCAAGUCUGUCUGUAAAACUGACAUUGGUGUGUGUGUUUUUAAAAAUUUUAAAUGAUGGCUUGUCCACUUUCUCUCACGUCCACUUUAUAGAGCACCGUUAGAGUCAUUGGUAGGUGUAUAACUCCUCGAUAAAGGUAGCACUUUGUGGUAUUUGUUGUCCAGCAGCCAAAUAGUUUGUCAGAAGCAAAAACUACAAAGAGUUACAUGAGUUGAAGUCCAUAGUUUACAGUGUUGCUAUUAGAUUAUUUUUUUUAACCUCCCUUGAGUUGGUGUUUUAAACAAAAGCCACUUAAUCCCACUUCUGUUGUCGCUAUGUAAAACAGUCAACCUUUUACACUUCGAAAUCACUGUAAGAACCUUGUUUUUUGUGUAAUCACACUUCUUGUUGCAUUGAAGAUGACAUUAUAGGCUACUUGUUGUGUAUGUUACACACUGUGGAAUAAAGUGAUGUGCCAAUA